AUUGAUGAUUAUUUAGUGUUGUUUGAAAGAUGUUUGUAAACAUAUAUCCUGAACUGCUAUAAUACUUUUAAAAUGUUUAAAAAUACAUUUCAGAGUGGUUUCUUAUCCAUUUUGUACAGUGUAGGUAGUAAACCGCUGCAAAUUUGGGAUAAAAAGGUUCGAAAUGGCCAUAUUAAAAGAAUUACUGACAAUGAUAUACAGUCUUUAGUUUUGGAAAUAGUUGGAAACAAUGUCAGUACUGCUUACAUUACUUGUCCAGCAGAUCCUAGAAAAACUCUAGGAAUUAAAUUGCCAUUUCUAGUACUUAUUGUGAAGAACCUGAAAAAGUACUUCACAUUUGAAGUGCAGGUUGUUGAUGACAAAAAUGUUAGAAGAAGAUUUCGUGCAAGUAAUUAUCAAAGUACAACUCGAGUCAAGCCUUUCAUUUGUACUAUGCCUCUUCGACUAGAUGAUGGCUGGAAUCAAAUUCAGUUUAAUUUAGCAGAUUUUACAAGGAGAGCAUAUGGAACUAAUUAUGUAGAAACACUGAGAGUUCAGAUACAUGCAAACUGCAGAGUAAGACGAGUCUAUUUUUCUGAUAGACUUUAUUCUGAAGAUGAACUCCCUGCUGAAUUCAAAUUGUACAUACCUGCACAUACUAAAGUCAAAGCCUCUGCAUGAUUUACUCUAAAAUCUGCUUUUGUGUACAAACUAUUUUUGGAAAUGUCAUAAGUGAUAUUUUAAUUUGUGUAUCAAUAAAAUUUAUACUGUCUGCUUA